AUGGCUCAGAGCUCGAGGAGAUCGUCCAUAUCUGGGCCAUCGCAACAUAAUGCCCUCGUGUCUCAAAAUCAAGUUGUCCUCUACAAUGCGUCAAGCAAGGGCUUGACAGUCAAUUACAUACACCCUGCUUGCCAUACCGUUGAAGAGCCAGAUGCCUCUACAUGUCCAUACUGCCACAGACCCCUAGACGAGUACAACCAUUCAGCUCCCCAAGCUCCUACGAGCGAUCAUCGUGCCCCCAACUACUUCCAUUUACUCGCCAUUCACAACGAGUCAACCUCGAGGCCGUUGACUCCGCCCCAUCUGGAAGAUGAAGCUAGGCCCCCGCUGAGUUCAGAAACUAUGGCCGAAGGCUAUUUCGACGCAUUCUUCCGUGAAGAGUCUAAAUUAGGAAUGGGUGCUAAUGGAUCGGUGUUUCUCUGUCAACAUGUUCUUGACGGAAACCUCCUUGGUCGUUUCGCCGUCAAGAAAAUCGCCGUUGGAUCGUCGCAUAAAUAUCUCGUAAGAAUACUGAAAGAGGUCCGACUACUUGAAACGCUGCGUCACCCUAAUAUUAUCACUUAUCACCACUCAUGGUUAGAACCAUGUCGCUUCUCUACAUUCGGGCCAUCUGUGCCCACUCUUUUCAUUCUAAUGCAAUGGGCAGAAGGAGGGAGUCUAGAUGAUUUUAUUGCUCAGCGUCGGGGUAUUUCACAUGGGGAUACCUACCAAAACUCUGCCUCGCCAGAAUCAGAAGAAGCGCAUAUGACCAAAGCUCAGAGAAUCGCUGCCUUUAAAGCGCGGACCGGAGCAGGAGCCAGUGGGACUUCCCGGCCAGCAAACUUGAAGGCAGUUCAUUUGCUGAGCACGGAUGAGAUCGUAAGCCUCCUGUGGGACAUUACUUCUGGCCUAGCGUUUCUGCACAAUCGGUCGAUUCUGCAUCUAGAUCUGAAGCCCGGAAACGUUCUACUCACCUGGGACCCCAAUGUCUUGAUACCCCGAGGCAUGCUGUCCGAUUUUGGUGCUGCAAGGGAUAUGCUACACCAAGGGUCUCGUACAGGUGUCACUGGGACACUUGAAUAUACUUCCCCUGAAAUAAUUAUGCCCGACCCCAUGACUGGCGCCUUGCGUCAGACGGACAGCAAAUCCGACAUCUGGAGCUUAGGGAUCAUCCUUCACAAACUGAUAUUUUUCCACACCCCAUGGAGGAACGGGAACGACGAUUUCUCUCUGCUGGAGCAGGAAGUCAUUGCUUAUCCAGGAUUCAUCCCGGAUCCCUCUAUAACUAGUGCUUGCUCCCGACGAGGCCUCCCAACUGAGCUUUUGACACUCUUGCAAAGUCUCUUGGAUCGCGCACCUGGUCGACGACCAAGUUGCGAAAAAAUUCUCUUGGCGAUAGAAGAGCACAAG